AUGAACUACUUUUCUUCAAGGAAUACACGAAGAUUUCGGUUCCAUUGCAGCGAAUAAUGGCUCUUAUCAGCCAUAAUUGCACCUAACAAUAAGCUUCACCUUCAUUUCUCAGCUGAAAACAUGCCAAAUCCAACACAUUUUGGUUGGCAAAUAGAGUUGAAUAACCCCAAUAAUCUUAGUCAUCAUCAGCCAACUCCCUCUACUUUUUUCGUUAAGACCCUUAAUUUGAUAUCAGUAAACCACCUUAGCAAUGAAGCAGCUUCGUGUAUGGUCUCGAAAUUUGAGCUUCUUGAGAACCUGAAAAUCAUUGGAUGCCAUGGAUUGGAAUCCAUGAGCAUUGCUUCUAAUACAAAGCUUUUGAGCUUAACCAUCUUUGAUUGUCCACACUUAAAAUCUCUCCAUAUUAGAUCCUAUAAACUUAGGACCCUUUUGUAUAGAGGGAAAUUUCCAUGGUUUCUGCCUGAGUUUCAUUUCAACCUUGGAAAUGCCAUGCUUGAUUCUCGGCAAGGACCUGCUUACAAUACCUUCAAAACAUGUGAUUUUGAUCGAGUGCUGCUGACCAUCAAGAAUUCUGAAAUUCUUACCUUGUGCAAAUGGACUUUUGAGGCAUUAAUUUAUUUAUCACUAUCACCAUUUUUCCAAUUUUGUAGACUUAAAGAGCUAUUGUGGAUGGAUAAUUAUUUAAAGGGAUUUUACAAUUGUGAUGCUUUAAUCACAUUCUUAAACUGUCCUUCCUUGGAGCUACUCUUUGUGACUAUUGAUUACAAUAGCUAUGUCAUGCCAAAUGCAACAAAAUGUUCCGAGCAAGUGGGCAGAUACACAAAAUUACAGCAUCUCGGAGGGUUAAAAUUGGAAGGAUUUGACAAUCAAGAAGAUGAGAUUUUAUUGGCCGAACGUUUACAAGGUUUCCGAAGCUUGAUUAAGGUUCCUUCACAUGGCUUUCAACAGCCAACGGUGUCUCAUUCAUUAGUGUCACAAGAUAUGCUUUCUUACAAGUUUGUUCAAGCGAAACACACGAACCAGUUAUGUUCCAAACAUGGUCAUAUGUUUUAUACAGUAAAGUAUUCAUUUCCAACACAAUUUUUAUGA